AUGGCCGAAUCAAAGCCAAUUGCGGCUAGUGGGAACAUCCUUCUCAACCCAGAGGCCGCGUCUUUCACUAUGCCCUCCCCGGGAGGAGAGACCCUUGUGAACGGAACAACUCAAAAUCCUCAGCCGACGACGGCGAAUGGAAAUGGACAGACGAAAGAUGCAAAGAAAUCGAAACCCCGGCCCGAAACGGCGCCUCGAACGACCACAGAACAAAACGUAGCCGAAGCAGGAGCUGGAGCGAAAUUGACCGGCGCGCAGUUGAAGAAACAGAAGGCAGCCGAAAAGGCAGCGAGAAGAGCAGAAAAGGUCGCUGAGAAAGGAGCCCAGGCCGUGGCACAAGCACAGGCCCAGGCCCAAGGCCAGGCUGGAUCGCUAGGGGGAAGGUCAGAAGCGCAAAGGCGGCCGUCGACCACGAAGAGAGAAAGCGACGCAGGUCCGCAUCAUAAACGGACACUCUCAGGCAAGAUCUUGCCCAUACGAGGCGCCGUUCAGCAACAGCAACAACUGCCUCAAGGGCCAACGGGUCCAGAGAAAGAGAAGCGUCAUGAACUCAAGCGUGUGCCCAUGUUCUCUCACCUCUACCCCAGAGAGAAGAAAGCCACCUUAUCCGGAGCUGGACGAGAAAUUCACCCCGCUGUGAUCUCGCUAGGGUUGCAACUACGCGACUACGUUAUCUGCGGCGGCAAUGCGCGCUGUGUGGCCACCUUGCUUGCCUUCAAGAAGGUUAUCCAGACCUACACCACUCCUCCUGGCGUGGCGCUUUCGAGACAUCUCCUCACCCAUCUCAAUCACCAAAUUGCCUACCUCCGCAAUGCGCGACCUUUAUGCAUGAGCCAAGGGAACAGCAUCCGAUGGCUGAAGAACUUGAUCUCCACGCAACCCGUCGAAGCCACCGACAGCGAAGCCAAGCAAAGUCUUUGUCAGGCCAUCGACUUGUUUAUCCGUGAGAGGAUCACGCUGGCCGACGAAGUAAUCGCCCGGGAAGCCAGUUCGCGGAUUCAAGACGGAGACGUGGUUGUGACAUACGGGAAGAGCAGUAUCGUGGAAAAAACACUCCUCGCCGCGCAUCAGCAGGGGAAGAGCUUCAAAGUCAUUGUCGUUGACUCGAGGCCGAUGUUCGAAGGCAAAAACCACGCGCAAUGCCUCAUACGUGCAGGUUUGAAAGUCCAUUACAGUCUACUCUCGGGCCUGGCAGAUAUCCUUGACAACCGAUCUGAAUCCGUCACAAAAUGCCUUCUAGGUGCCUCGGCGAUGCUAGGCAAUGGGCGUCUACUUUCUCGUGCUGGUUCGGCCAUGGUAGCCAUGAUGGCGAAAGAAUCAAACAAGAACAAGGGCCGGAACGUGCCCGUUAUUGUCUUGUGCGAGACAGUCAAAUUCACGGCGAAGGCCGCGCUCGACAGUAUCAUUAUGAAUGAGCUGGGCGAGCCAGAUGCACUGGUUGAGACGACUGAAGCCGAUAUCUUAUCCUCAAUGAAAUCGCUUGCUGAGACCAAUACGGCGGGGAAAAGCACAAAUAAGAAGCCGAACCAGCAUAAGGAUAAACAGGAUGAAGACGACGUGGACGAAAGGAACACUUCUUCGAAUACUAAUGGUUUGGAGGACUGGAGAGAUCAGCCGAACCUGUUUCUAUUGAAUCUCAUGUACGAUGUAACGCCGGCGGAGUUUCUGGACCUGGUGGUAUGCGAAUUGGGCAGUUUGCCGCCUCGAGCGGUGCCGGUGGUCAACGGUGUACAUGGAGAUGAUCAAGCUUUAGCUUGA